AUUUACCGUGAAAAUAGAACGAAUGCACUGGUGGAAACCGUUGCCUCGUCCGUCAUCAUCGCCGACCAGUUUCUGCAGGUCGGGUUCAAACUGAAUGCACAACGAGCUUUCUUACCCGGGGAAACGCGGGCCACAUUCCCACAUCCCCUCAACGAAUGGCUUCGAGUCGGUUUGUGGGCCCGAGAUACACCACCUAUGGAUAAGUGGAAUCUAUAUGGCGUGCACAAUAUGUUCAUGGGAUUGACGUCCGAGGGGACCGCGUUUGGUAUAUUCUUGUUGAAUAGCAAUGCACAAGAAUUUGUGCUCACUCCGAUGCCAUCCAUCACUUAUCGAACAGUGGGGGGUAUUCUGGACUUUUUCCUGUUUGCUGGUCCACGACCGGCCGAUGUGAUUUCUCAGUACUAUGAUUUAAUUGGACAUCCGCCUGUGCCUCCCUAUUGGUCAUUGGGAUUCCAUCUAUGUCGUUACGGCUACAAGGACUUGGCGGAAGUUGAGGAGACGGUACGCAGAAAUCGUGAAGCGGGAAUCCCCUUGGAAAUCCAGUGGGUGGAUAUCGACUAUAUGGAUGCGUAUAAAAUUUGGUCUAUCGGAAAAGAGAAUUUCGGUAACUUAGGAAAAUAUGUGGAUGAAAAGCUGCAUCAAGAAUAUGGUAUGAAAUUCAUGAUAAUUGUCGAUCCGGCCGUCAGUACACAAGUUUUCAUCAAUGACAGUGUAACAAAAGCUCCAAUUCGGGGUGUUGUGUGGCCAGGAGAGACAGUAUUUCCAGAUUUUUCACAUCCGAAUGCAGAAAUAUGGUGGCAUGAAAUGGCUGAGAGUUUUCAUAAAGAGAUUUCUUUUGAUGGUCUUUGGGUAGAUAUGAAUGAACCGGCAGAUUUCGAUUAUGGCUCCGUUAACGGAUGCCCCAGCGACAACAAAAUGGAUAAUCCCCCAUAUAUACCACUCAUUUUAGAUCGGUCACUCUACGCCAAGACAGUUUGUCCAUCCGCGUUGCAUUACAACAAUACUCCCCAUUAUAAUCGACAUAAUUUGUACGGAUACGAUCACGCUCGAGUCACACGAAAGGUGCUCAGUCGCAUGUUCCCCACAAGACGCCCAUUUGUUCUUAGUCGGUCCACUUUCGCCGGGUCCGGACGCUACACUAUCCACUGGACCGGCGAUAACUUGUCCAGUUGGGCUGAUAUGCGCGCCUCGAUUGCUCAGAUGAUCAAUUUCAACAUCUACGGAAUUCCCAUGGUUGGAGCGGAUAUUUGUGGUUUCCGUGGAGAUGCGACCGAAGAGUUGUGUGUUCGUUGGAGCCAGCUAGGUGCAUUCUAUCCGUUCUCACGCAACCACAACGCUCUCGCUUCACGACCACAAGAUCCGGCUGCUUGGAGUGCGAAUGCCACUGCGGCCAUCCGUGCAGCUCUCAAUACUCGCUAUCACUUGUUGCCGUAUAUGUACACGUUGUUUUUCCGAGCCCAUUUGAACGGAACCACUGUGGCCCGCGCACUAGCAUUCGAGUUUCCCGAGGAUCUAUCCACACAUCGAAUAAGCACACAGUUCAUGCUUGGAUCAUGUCUUCUCAUCAAUCCGGUUGUUGAAGAAGGUCGCACAAAUGUGGAGGCAUAUGUGCCUGCGGGUGAAUGGGUUGACCUGACCAGCGCAACACGAAUUGUCAGUACAGGUCAUAUGCGAAAUUUCAAAGCUCCUUUGCAUGUGAUUCCUAUCCUAGUUCGUGGUGGUUGUGUGUUGCCGCUUCAGUCAUCUGUUAAUGUUACCAGUUUCGCACGUAAAGAUGGAUUGAAUUUUGAAGAGGCCGGUCGCAAGAGUUAUGCUUCGGGUGAAUUGUUCUGGGAUGAUGGCGAAUCUGAGCCAUUGAACUACGUUCACGCGCAGUUUGAGUUACGAGAUCGUGUUCUGCGUUUGAGAGCCACCAUGUCCCAUCGGGAUACGCGGAGGAUAUUAGAUCCGAAGGAAACUGCUUUGAAGCGUAUCUUUUUAGUUGGAAUUUCGAGGCACCCGACCUCUGUUACAAUGAAGAGAAGCAUGCUGGAAUUCCAGUUUAUUAAAGAUCUACAAACAGUGUUUAUAGAUCUCCCUCCGGGUUCUUCAAUUACGCAAAAAAUGAAAAUCAGUUGGACGUUUCCGUAG